UCAAAAAUGGCAUUUAAUAACGGACAAACUGCACCUGCCAAUAAGCGCGCUAGAUUCCUCAUCCGCGAUAUCCUUCCUCAUUUAUUCAAUGACGUACAAAGCGGUGCGGGUGCAAAUACCCUAAAAAAUUAUUACCGACAAAUCGAUUAUGAAACUGACUACAGCAGCAAAUUUAAAAUGAUGAAAACAACUGGAAAAUUUAUAAUAGAAAAAAUACCUGAGAAUCCGGAGGAAUUGCUUCGAGAAAUAAUACAACAAUGUAUGGAUAAAACAGUUGAAGAAGCAAAAAAUAAAUCAAUAGAACCUGAAUGCCUGGGGGCAUUAAUUUCGUCACAGCUAUUAGACAGCGACAUAUGGAUUCCUAUAAGAAAAAUUGAAAAUGAUACGAUCGACAACAUACUUAAUCGUUUCCAGCUUGUUUCACAAUCAAAGAUAGAAAAAGGCUCUCUUAUUGAGCAACCAUUCACAAUAGCAAUUCAAACACUUGGAAUCUCCUCUCUUCCAAGAACAAAAUCAAUUAGAGGCCGCGCACCGCAAAUAUUAGCAACAAGUAAUCUACAAAUAAAUAGCCCCUGCCUAAUAAAAAUCGAUAACCCCAACAACUUAUGCCUCUUCUAUGCAUUGGAAAUAGCAAGAAAAUAUUUUACUAAAGAACUGGGUGCGCGUUGGAAUUUUACAAGAUACAUGCAAAAUAAAAAGAGACAAAUGGAAGAUGUUUUUAAUCUUUUGAUUUCAGCAAAAAUCCCCCAAAAUCUCCUCGAAUAUGAUGCUGUGGAAUUUGUACCAACUGUUGUAGAUUUUUGGAACAACAAAUAUAAUGAUUCUGGGUUCAAAUUCAAGGUAUUUAUAUUUGGAAACGACAACGAAAAGCCAAAAUUUACUUAUGGAAAUGAAAAUUUCAACAUGCCUAUUACAAUUCUUCACACAAACAACCAUUUUGACGCAAUAAGAAAUGUUGGAGGAAUGCUUGGAUCAGGGGCAAAAUAUUGCUUUACGUGUGAAAAGAAGUUUAGGAAAUCAAAGGAACAUGAUUUGAGAUGCAAAUCUCUUUGCCGAUUUUGUGGGCGCAUUGGCAGUGACCGACCUUGUGUUGCAACGGGAGACUUUUUCAAAAAAUGUGAUGAAUGUGGGAAAAAAUAUUUAAAUGAAGACUGCUUCAAUCAUCACAAAAAAAACAGCAAUUGCCGCCAAACAAAGCAGUGUGAGAAAUGUGGAGUCAUCUGGUCAAUGAAAAAUUAUAAGAGGGAGGGUGAAAAGAAACAUGUUUGUGGGCAAAAGUGGUGUCAAAUUUGUCGGCAAUUUCACAGUAUGGAAAGAGGAUGCUUUAUUCGACCACUGGAACUGAAAAAACCAUCACAUUAUCGCCUAGUAACAUUUGACUUUGAAGCAACACAAAAUGAAAAGAUAAACGAAAUUACCGAAGAAGAAAGGCGACUUCACAAAGUGAAUUUCAUUGCUGCAACAGUGACUUGCACAAAAUGUAUGGAAGAUGAUCAAUUAUGGCGUGCACCUCUCAAACAAAAUGGGAAAAAUUGUACAAUUUGCGGUAAUAAUCGAUCAAUCACAUUUUCCCACCGGCCAUUUACUCAAACAACAGUCGAUCAGCAAAUCGUCACAACAAACCCUCUAAAAGAAUUUAUUGAUUGGAUCCUGUUUAAACUUAACCCUCAAUAUACAACUGUGGCAUUUUCACACAAUGGAGGGCGCUAUGAUAUGAUUAUGGUCUUCAAAGAAAUUUAUUCAAAAGGAGUUGUUCCAUCAAUGAUUCGUCGCGGUAAUAAACUUUACGAACUGAAAAUUCCCCGCAACAACAAAUGCAAUGAAGUAAUAUUUCGAGAUUCGUUUAAUCUCUGUCCAGUUGCCUUGGGAAAGCUGGUUGGCGCCUUUGGACUACAAAUUACAGAAAAACAAUUUUUCCCGCAUUUGGCAAAUAUUCCUGAAAAUUACAAUAAAAUAUUACCGCAACUGCCUUCAAAAUCCGAUUACCUUUAUGGAGGAAUGUCACCUGAGAAACAAAAUGAAUUUGACAAAUGGUAUGAAGAAGAAAAAAAUAAACAAUUUUGCUUGGAUGAAGCCUUGGCCGAAUACUGCACAAACGAUGUCCAAAUACUCACAGAAGCACUGAUUGCAUUCAGGAAAAAAUUCACAGAGAUUAGCAAACCAAAAAAUGGCAAGUCUGGGCCAGCAGCAGAAGGAAUAGAUAUUUUGAAGGAUGCAAUGACAAUCGCAUCGGCCUGCAUGAAACAUUUUCGUCUGAAUCAUCUUCAACCUGACCAUUUGGCAAUUGUUCCGGAGAAAGGAUAUGAAAACAUCGAUAACCAAAGCGAGCUUGCCCUGAAAUAUCUACAAUGGUAUGAGGAAACAAGAGGCGUUGAAAUUCAAAGUGCACAUUCAGAAGGUGGGGAAUUUAUAGUGGCGGGAAAAUAUAAAGUUGAUGGGUACAUUGUGGCUGAAGAUAGGGCAAUUGAAGUGAAUGGCUGUGUGUGGCACGCGUGCCAAAAAUGCUUUGGAGAUGAUUUGUACAAAGUAUUGCCGAAUGGAAAAACCGUAGGAGAAACACGUGAAGAUGAUGGAAAAAGAUUGGAAAUAAUUAAAAAACAUAUAAAGAAUGUCGAUAUAAUAUGGGAAUGUGAAAUUCACCAGAUGCUUCGCCGCAACCAGAAAAUGAGGAAGGCUUUCGCAAAUUACCACAACAAAGGGCCAAUCAAUAUUAGAGACUGCUAUUUUGGUGGAAGGACUGGACCCUUACAAAUGUACUUUGAUGCAGAAAAGGAACAACAUAAAAUUGCCUACUUAGACUUUAAUUCACUUUACCCCUCAACAAUUGCUACGACAUCAUUUCCGGUUGGGCAUCCGAAAGUACAUGUUGUACCACUAGCUGAACAAAAAGUUUAUUGGACAAGAAGCGAGCAAAUCAUGUUCAAAGGAAUUUUGAAAGUAUUUAUAUUACCACCGCCUCAACUGGAUGUUCCUGUUAUCCCGGUCAAGUUUGAUGAACGACUUCUUUUCCCACUGUGUAGAAAAUGCUCACUCACAUACCCAAAUGGCGCAAACAUCAAAGACUACCACUGUCCACACAAUGAUGAUGAAAGAGGGUGGGUUUCAACAGUUACAUCGAUUGAAUUGGAAGAAGCAUUAAAAGUUGGGUACACCGUUACAAGAUUUUAUAGAGCCUUACAUUAUGACAAAUGGGAUGAAAAUUUAUUCAAAAAUUAUGUGGCUGAGUUUAUGGCAAUGAAGAUUCAUGCGAGUGGCUUCCCUGAAGGAAUAGAAGGAAAAGAUAGUGAAGAUGAUUUCAUAAAAGAAUGCAAAGAAAAAUUUGGUAUUGAACUUCAAAAAGAAAAAAUGGUCCCAGACAAGGCAAUGCGCUACAUUUCAAAACUAAUGUUAAACUCUCUGUGGGGAAGAUUCAGUCUGAGGAAUACCUUGUCAAAAACUGUGAUUACAGAUGCACCAGAUGAACUUCGAGAAUAUUAUUACAACAAAUCAAUUGAAUUGCAAUCUGUAGAUAAAUUAACCGAAGAGACAGUAAUAAUAACCUACAAACCAAAAGAUGAAUUUAUUGUUGAACAUGACACUUCAAAUAUUGUGAUUUCCUUAUGGACAACGUCAGCAGCAAGAAUUAGGCUAUUGAAAGCAAUGCAAAAGGUUACCGGAAAACUUGACUGCAAUCUGCUCUAUGGGGACACUGACAGCAUAUUAUUCUCUUACCCAAAGAACAUGGAAUGCCCGCUCCAAACCGGUCCUCAUCUGGGUGAUUUGGCACGAGAGUACGCAGGAUCUGAAAUAAAAGAAUAUGUUGGAGGCGCGUGCAAGGCUUAUGCACUGAGAAUGGAAAACAACAAAAACGCAAAAAUUAGCACUGUUCUGAAAGUACGCGGCAUCACUUUAACAGCUGAUGUCUGCAAAAUCCUCCACUUUGACACUUUCAAAGAAAGCGUACUUAAAUAUGCAAAUGGGGAAAACGAAAACGAGGAAGAUGAUGAUGAGGGAACAAUUAUGAUCGAGAACCCAAACUUUAUACGCCGCAGUGUGAAGGAUGGUAUAGUUUACUCAACUAAAAUGAAGAAAAUAUUUAGACCAAUCAUACAAAAAGGGAUAAUUUCAAACCUCAAAAUUGUAAAUUUCGGACAAAAAUAA